UAACAAUGUCUGGUCGAGGUAAGAAGGUCCAGAAGGCUGCAGCUGGUAAGACCUCCAGAUCCUCUAAGGCGGGACUCCAGUUCCCAGUGGGCCGUAUCCACAGGUUCCUGAGGAAGGGAAACUAUGCUCAGAGGAUUGGAUCUGGAGCCAGCAUCUAUAUGGCUGCCACCCUGGAAUACCUGUGUGCUGAGGUCCUGGAGCUGGCGGGAAACGCGGCCAGAGACAACAAGAAAUCUAGGAUCCUGCCCAGACACAUCCAACUGGCUGUCAGGAAUGAUGAGGAACUGGCCAAGCUUUUUGAUGGGGUCACCAUUGCAGAUGGAGGGGUCCUGCCAAAUAUCCAAGCCAUCCUACUGCCAAAGAAGACAUCAAAAGGCCCAUCCUCCGAAGAACCUAAAGCUGCAGAGUCUCAGGAGUUCUAACCUUAAUUAAAUGUAUUGGAAUUUUGUAUAAAGCACUUGUUUUCUUAGAUUUGUGGU